AAAAAAGUGAAAAGUACCCAGGCGCCAUUUUGGUUAAUGUCAUGUCAGUGAGUGUCUGUCAUUCGAUUACGCAGUACAAAAUUAUCCAGUGUUUUGCUGUUUUAAAUUCGAUUUUUCAUUAGUGUUUUACCCUUAUUCUUUAGUUCAGCAUAUCAUUCAGCAAUGGCUUCCAAUAAGAAAGUGCUACUUAAAGUGAUCAUCCUCGGAGACUCCAGUGUCGGUAAAACUUCUUUGAUGAAUCAAUAUGUGAACCGAAAGUUUUCCAAUCAGUAUAAGGCCACUAUCGGGGCUGACUUUUUAACCAAAGAAGUUACCAUCGAUGAUAAGACUGUAACAAUGCAAAUUUGGGAUACAGCGGGACAAGAGAGGUUUCAGUCGUUAGGAGUUGCCUUUUAUAGAGGGGCAGAUUGUUGUGUUUUAGUGUUUGAUGUGACUGCGCCAAACACCUUCAAAUCCCUGGACAGUUGGCGGGACGAGUUCCUCAUCCAGGCCUCGCCAAGGGAACCGGAUAAUUUCCCAUUCGUUUUGCUAGCGAACAAGGUCGACUUGGAACCGAAAGCCAUAAGUCCCAAGAGGGCGGCACAGUGGUGCCAGAGCAAGAAUAAUAUUCCUUACUUUGAAACCUCCGCCAAAGAGGGUUUGAACGUGGAACAGGCCUUCCUAGCGAUCGCCAAAAACGCCCUCGCCCAACAAAACCAGACUAUUGAUCUCUACAACGAAUUCCCGGGUACUCUCAACUUGAACGAGACCCACCAUCGGCCAAUUGGCGGUUCCGAUUCUUGCUCGUGCUAGAAAGGUACCAACUGGGGUCGUACUAAAUUACAACAAAAAAAAAACAACAUAAGCCAGAUUAAUUAUUUAACUAAGAACAAUGUUGGAGGAGCAGCGUAUAUAUGCGCAGUCUCAUUUUUAGUGCAGAGAGUGAGAUUGAAUUAAUUAUUUUUUUGUUGUUGUCUUCUCAUUUUAUUUUAUUUACUGUUUGGUUUAAGUAGGAUGUAACCCUGAAAAAAAUGUGAUAAUCCUAAAGAACUUCAUGGCAUAGGUAGGUGAAAAUUAUUAUGGAUUAUGCUGCUAAACUAGUUUUGCUUAUUACAGGGUUCUUUAAAUUCAUAAUAAAGUAUAGCGUAUCAGAUCCGAUGAUAAUAAUAAUAAUUUUAUUUAUAAGAUAUUGUUCAUCCUGUAUAUAAUUUUUUUUCCAAUAGAUUAAUAUUAGUAGAUACUAGACUAAUAGUUCUGGGUGUCUGUUUAUUAACAAUUCUUUUUUUUUUGCGUAACUUAGGCUUACUGGUAAUAGUGUGGGCAUUGAUAUAAUGAGGAAAAAAAACCAUUUUUAAAGCUUUUUAAUGUGUGCAAUAUUGCACCGUUCGUUGUUUAUCAGAAGAGUUAAUCAUAUAAAUUGCUUACUCUAGUACGUAUUUACGAUUUAAAAUUUGUAUAUGAUAGAUAUAUUAUUAUGGAAACAAUAAAAGUAUAUACAAUAGUGA